UAGUUAUUCAAAACUGAUCCUGUCCCCCUUUAAUGUUUCAAAUCGUCAUUAUAUGAAAAUACCGUAUGGUUCUAAAGAAUUUUAUAUUUCAAAUUGACCGGAAGUUCAAUGUUGAAUACGUGUAUCUUGAAAGUGAAGCGUCUCUGCUGAGAACACCCGGGUCUACAAUUAAGGCAGAUGUUUGAGACGCGACAAAUGUCUUGGAACACGCCUGGAUGCCCCGAGAAGAUAUGUGAACUGGGAGUGCUGGCGCCGUUCAUAAGGCAAACAUCUGUUCUGGGAAGCGUAAACUAGGAGCCGGAGGAGACGAGGAGGCGGACAUGUGAGGAGUGACCAUGUGUGACCCAAAUGCUAUCAGCUGCCUGCCCCUGAUGGGAGGAAGUGAUGGGGGAGGUCUGUGUGACUUGGACUCAUGUUUGCUCAUGUGGAUCAAAACUUUGGAGAGAGAGCAGCAGCAGCAGCAGCAGCAGGUCACUCACGGACAUCACACUGACGGACCUGAAUGAAUAAAGAGGGCGGGACUUUAAUCUGGAUCACGUUGCUGCAGGAGUCGGGGAACUUGAUUGGUACAUGUGACGUGAGCAGGGAUAGACACAGCUAUGUAAGAGGACAGCUAUCCGUUGUGCUGUGUGACAGUCAACACACAGCUGUUAUCCAUGCCACGUACGCGUCUGCCUCUGGGGCAGACUGGGUUCCUACGCUAUUCUGAAACCAGUAGGUGAUGGAACUCUAAUAUAUUUGCCCUGGAAGACAACAGGUGUUUUCUUUAAAGGCUUUCUUCACAGUGCGAACGAUGCCUCGGAACAGAGCUCUCUCCGAGCCAGAGUACUCGGCAGAGUACUCAGCUGACUGCUCUGUGACUUUGACUUCCGACCCUGGACAGGCAGUUGGUAGAACACACGAGGUAACAGUCCGGAGUUCAGGAUGCUGCCUCUGUCUGCCACGCUUCAUGCGUCUCACCUUUGCGCCAGAGUCCUUGGAGAAUCUUUACCAGACGUACUUCAGACGGCAGCGUCAUGAGACCCUGUUGGUGCUGGUGGUGUUCGCUGCCCUGUUCGACACCUACAUAAUCGUCAUGUGUGCGGUGGUUUACACCUCCGAUAAGCUUGCUUCGGUCUUGGUGGCGGCGGCUGGUCUUGCAACGGAUAUAAUUCUGUACUUGCUGUGCCGAUUUGGACUGCUGCCAGAUCGCAUCUCCCGGCGCGUGGUGCCGUAUGCCCUGUGGGUGUUGAUAGCAGCUCAGAUAUUCUGUUAUUUGGGCCUGAACUAUGCCCACUUCCACCAAGCCAGUGACACUGUGGGUUGGCAGGCCUUCUUCAGCUUCUCCUUUUUCCUCACUCUGCCUUUGAGGUUGACUCCAAUAGUGCUCAUCACUACUGUGUCGUGCGGGGUUCACACCCUGGUCUUAGGAGUCACUAUUGCCCAGCAACAACAGGAGGAAAUCCAGGGAGCAGCACUGAGCAGACAGCUUCUGGCAAACAUGAUUAUUUACGCGUGCGCCAUCACGGUUGGUGUCAUGUCGUACUACAUGGCUGACAGGAAGCAUCGGAAGGCCUUUCUGGAGGCCCGACAAUCGCUGGAGGUUAAACUCAACUUGGAGGAGCAGAGUCAGCAGCAGGAAAGGCUGCUGCUGUCCAUCCUUCCAAAGCACAUUGCUGACGAGAUGCUGCAAGACAUGAAGAAGGAGCCCAGUCAGAAAGAGAUGCAACAAUUCAACACCAUGUACAUGUACAGACAUGAAAAUGUCAGUAUUUUGUUUGCAGACAUUGUGGGCUUCACCCAGCUGUCGUCCUCAUGCAGUGCGCAGGAGCUUGUCAAACUUCUCAAUGAGCUCUUUGCUCGAUUCGACAAACUGGCAGCAAAAUAUCACCAGCUCAGGAUCAAAAUCCUGGGGGAUUGCUACUACUGUAUCUGUGGUCUGCCAGACUACAGGGAGGACCAUGCAGCCUGUUCCAUCAUGAUGGGCUUGGCCAUGGUUGAGGCCAUUUCGUAUGUGCGUGAGAAAACCCAAACAGAUGUGGACAUGCGGGUGGGUGUCCACAGUGGGACGGUCCUGGGCGGCGUGCUGGGUCAGAAACGCUGGCAAUAUGAUGUGUGGUCUACUGAUGUGACUGUGGCCAACAAAAUGGAAGCCGGAGGUAUACCAGGACGUGUGCACAUCUCACAGAGCACCAUGGAGUGUCUUCAUGGUGAGUUUGAUGUGGAGCCAGGUAACGGCGGCGAGCGCUGCGACUACUUGAGGGAAAGGGGGAUCGAAACCUAUUUGGUUGUGGUUCCUAAAGGCCCAGUGGGAAAGAAUGGCAUCAAUGGUGUUAAGCUGUCAGUGACCUCUUCUAAUGGGAACUCGCCUCAGCUCAUUAACACCACCGAGUGCAACGGCAGCGUGAACACGGCCUGCACCACACCAGAGGAUCCAGAGGAGCUGGACACAAGGGUGGUGAAUCCAUCUUUCCCAAACCCACGGCGAAGGCUGCGUCUGCGGGACCUGGCUGCAAGAGUCAUUGAUGCUCAAGAGAACGAACAAGAGCUCAACAAACUGCUUAAUGAGGCACUGCUUGAGAGAGAGACGGUCCAAGCCUUGAAGGGGAAACACACGAACCAGCUAUCCCUGAGGUUUAUUGAUCCUGGACUGGAGACCCGCUACUCAGUGGAGAAGGAGAAGCAAAGUGGAGCUGCAUUCUGUUGCUCCUGCAUGGUGCUGCUCUUCACUGCAGUCAUGGAGGCCCUGAUCGACCCCUGGCUGAUGGCAAACUACAUCACCUUUGGUGUUGGAGAAAUCCUCCUGCUCAUCCUGACCAUCUGCUCACUAGCCGCCAUCUUCCCCAGAGUGUUUCCUAAGAAACUUGUGGCCUUUUCCACAUGGAUCGACCACACCCGCUGGGCUCGGAACACUUGGGCCAUGGCAGCCAUCUUCAUCCUCACACUGGCAGACGUCGUGGACAUGCUAAGCUGUCUGCCAGGAACUGUGACUUCAGUGGGCACCACGGUCGCACCCUCCUCCUCUUCAACAUGGCCCAGUCCUGGCAGUUGCUUGGAUAAUCCCAAAUAUUAUAGCUAUAUUUCUGUGCUGGCCCUCAUGGCCACCACCAUGUUGGUUCAAGUCAGUCAUAUGGUCAAGCUGACCUUGAUGUUGCUCAUCACCUUUGCCACCGGCAUCGUCAACAUCUACAGCUGGAAAGACAUAUUUGACCGCUACGACAUGCUCCGUUUUCAGGACAACAGGUCCGCACUGGUUCCCUCUAAGUUCACAAUGAGUGUCAUGAUCUUCAUUAUGAUGGUCAGCUUCUAUUACUUCUCCAGACAUGUGGAGAAACUAGCUCGGACACUGUUUCUGUGGAAGAUCGAGGUCCAUGAACAGAAGGAGAAGGUGUACGAGAUGAGGCGUUGGAAUGAAGCUUUGGUCACCAACAUGCUUCCAGAACAUGUGGCCAGACACUUCCUGGGCUCCAAGAAAAGAGAUGAGGAGCUGUACAGUCAGUCUUACGAUGAGAUUGGAGUCAUGUUUGCUUCCAUCCCCAACUUCUCUGACUUUUACACGGAGGAAAGCAUCAAUAAUGGUGGGAUCGAGUGCUUGCGCUUCCUCAAUGAGAUCAUUUCUGACUUUGACAGUCUGCUAGAUGAACCACAGUUUCGAUGCAUUACAAAGAUCAAGACCAUCGGCAGCACCUACAUGGCAGCGUCUGGCGUCACCUCCGAGAUUAGCAAUGGCUUCACUUGCAUGAAGAAGGAGGAGUGGUCCGACCGGGAGCGCUGGCAGCACCUGGCAGAUCUAGCUGACUUUGCUCUGGCUAUGAAGGUCACACUCAUGAACAUCAACUAUCAGUCCUUCAAUAACUUCAUGCUGCGCAUCGGACUUAAUAAAGGAGGAGUGUUAGCAGGAGUCAUUGGCGCCCGCAAACCCCACUACGACAUUUGGGGAAACACUGUUAACGUGGCCAGUCGAAUGGAGUCGACAGGAGUCAUGGGGAACAUUCAGGUGGUGGAGGACUGCUACAGCAUCCUGAAAGAGUAUGGCUUCCGCUUUGUGAGGCGGGGUCCCAUCUUUGUGAAGGGGAAAGGAGAGCUGCUUACGUAUUUUUUGAAGGGAAGAGACAAACAAGGCUCAUUCAUCAACGGCUCCUCAGUCACUCUGCCCCACCAGGUGGUGGACAGUUAAGAACAAGACCCACACACUCACAUACGCAUUCCUUGGAAACAAUUGUAUUUUCGCUGCAAACAAGAAACGGGUGGUUAAAACAUGCACACACAUUUUCAUUAUUUGCGCAAAAGAUUUGCAUCUAGUCAUUACUCAAAGGCUUCCUCAUUCUCAUCGCUCUUCACUCAUGUUUGAAGUGAGUCAAAACCUAUUACGAUGGAAGAAAAAGCCUAAAAACAGAUUACUGUCACUGGUCUCUUCAAAAACUACAAAUAACAAGUCGCAAUUCAUCAAUAAUUCAGAGUGAUUUCAACUGCUGCAAGGUCAAACAUUCAUGUGACUGUUACACCGAACAAACUGAAGCAUAGUCCGACUGCAUUAUGGCCCUCCUACUGUACAGCCCAAUCUGCAGCUUGUGAGGAGCUGAGUAGCCAUCAUGGUUCUGUGGAGUGUUUUGUAUCUAAUUCAAAUGGCUCAGCAUCCAGUUACUCAGUAGAACAAUAACAAUAUUUUUUAGUCCUUGCAUUGACUUGCUCAUGGCUGUAUACCAUUAUGUGAUGCUCAUUUGUUGGCCACCAUGUCUGGCAGGUCAGACACAUUGGCCAGAUCAAAGAAGAUGACAGCGACCUGCUCAACAAUAUACAGUAUUAGGUUUGGUGGUACAAGAUUCAGCAUCAUUUUGACAUGUUCUUAAAACACUUGAAUCAUCAUGAAUUGAUGAUUCAAGUGUUCUAUGAUUCAAUGAAGUCAUGAAUCAUAGAAGGUAAAAACUGACAAGAAACUGUUUGUGUUUUGUGUCUCAGUAGGAGCAGCGCUAUGUUUUGAAACCAUUGCUUUGAUUCCAACAACCCACUGGCACAAGUGCCCUAUAAAGACAUAGACACUCACUUUACCUCGACAAGACAUAACUUGGGUUACACCCUGUGAAACACUGCUGAACUGUAACGGACAAUGACUGAAGUCCUCCGGAAAGCCUUUACAAGCAAGUCCACACAACAUGGACUCUGAAGGACAGCCUGCGCAGAGUGUUGUUGGUAAAAAACGAUCGCCGGGAGUUACUUUUAACUCUGAUCGUGGACUUAAGGAAGUGCCUACUACAGCUGUGAUCACAUGACUUGUUGUAUGAAGGAUCUACAUGCUCUCUGAUGAAGGGAAAUGUUUCUGUGUUUUCAAUGACCCUCACAGCCUUUUUUUGUACUGUCGGUCCUCCACACUGUCUUGUGACAAGUCAACUGAAAUACACCUGAACUCCAAAGGAGGUGUUCAGGCCAGAGGGGUUACUGGUGAUGGUGUACGUAGACGCUCACCCAGGGGUAAACCGGAAUUGUUGGAAGUGUUUGAGUCCUGCGUAGGAAAAGGGUUAUUCAGCAUUCAAGGUCUGUACGGCCAAAUGUUCUCUUCCACUUUCACACACAUUGCCUGCUGGGACUGGUUUCGUCCUGGUACUCCAUUUAACAUGUCAUAUAGGUGAAGCCAAAACUGUAUGUUGUUCACUAUUAACUUCCUCAUCAGUCCCGACAUCUUCUGUGGUGAAGCUGAACCUGGAGUUUUUAGUUGAUGCAUUUCAUUGUGUAGUGUAACCACUCUUUGUUUCUAGACGACAGCUGUUAAGUGUAGAGAAGGUGGACAUUUCCUUGGCACUAGAUGCUUAAACCAAAUGCUGUAUUUUCUGUUAAGUAUUUUUGAAUGAGAAUUUAUUUAUGUUAUUAAGGAUCAACCCAAGGUGAGGUGUUUUCACAGUUUCACUCCUUUCUCCACUAAUAAUUCCAAAAAACUUUGUACCCAGAAUGUACCACUCUGCUGACUGAUUUUGUUGCUGAAGGUUAGUUAGUAAUGGAUGACGGGAUAGAUGGCUGUAUAAAGCAGUUACCAUGGGGACAACUGCAGAAAAAAAUGUUAUCAACUGCUUUAACUCAGUUCUACCUGACAAGAAAAAGGGAUGUGAAUAUGAAAUUGCACAAUUGUAGUGUUACAUGGGUCAUAUUCUGGUGAGGGCACGAAAGAGUUAAUGUAGUAUUACUAUAGAGCCUAAGAAAGAAGCUAUAAUGUAAACUGAAAGUAGGGUUGGUUUAAAAUCAAAACAAGGCAGAGCUCGAAACCAAUAUUGAACACUUUAAUGUGUUAUUUCUAUUUUAAAUAGUUUAUAUAUUAAAUGUCUACUUUGUAAUGAAUAUUAUAUCUGAGUGAUGGACACCAAUUGAUCUCCCAAAUAAUAGCAAAGUGCUUCAGUCACAUCACACCCCUGAGCUAUUACAUGCGCUAUGCUUCCCCACUAAGCCUUGGUGAUCUUGCUUAUGUUAUGCAUCUUUAAGUAUCUUUUGUAUCAGUUCGCUCAUGUUAUGCAAUUGACUGAACGUCAACCUCUUGUUUUCCCAUUCUAUAUUAGAGGUUUGUUUAAUACCAACUUCCUCAUUUUGUGGUGUAUGUGAUGGAGCAUUCUAUCAAGAAAUAGAUGCCCAUUCAGGGUGUGUUAUGUGGAGGAAAUCAUGAUUUGAGCUGAAUGUUGCUAUGAACACAAAUGGCAUUUUCUCUCUCAAAUAUUGAGCACUUCUCCUUAGUUGAGAUAAGCCUUCCCCCCACCCUGGUGUGGCAUAUCAAGAUGCUGAUAAGAUUAUUGACAUUAAAUGUGAGCAUUCAAGUCCACUACAGUAACAGUAGUCUGAUCAAGCCUGUGAUGAGGACUGAUGAGCUCAACUGAGACCGUUUGUGCAGAUAUUCUCUGGUUGUGCAAACCGAUUGCUGCAGCUGGGGAUUGGUCUCAGAGGAUUUUGCAGAGGAAGAUAGUGGAUGUGAGGGCUGGAGUGGUUACACAUGGUCUCUGGUUAUAUGAGCGGUUGGAUGAAAUACCUAAUUUAUGAAACGCCCUUGGAGACGGCAGAGAGACUCUCAGCUCUGGGCAACAUUCCUGCGGCCAGUUUGCCAAUUGGACACUCCCGCAAUCUUGAUGUGCCACAACUGGGGAAACUAUCUCCGCCUAGGAGAAGACCUCCAUGUCUGUACAUAGAAAAAGUCUUUUGAAUUGUGCUCAUUGCAGAAUGGAGGCAAAAAAGCGUUGCGUUUCAAUUUUUUUAAUGUCGAAAAAGCAAACCACAAUAUCGUGAACACUGACAGCUUAUUUUUUUACUUUAAGUUUGCUUCAGGUAAGACACUGUAAGGAACGUGUUACAUGGCCUCACACUCCUCAUUAUCUUCAACUACAUGGAAGCAAAUGUGCAACAGUGAGUCUCGCCUGUCCCUUGCUGCAUCAUUAAUGCACAGCUAUGCUUUCCUUGGACCACUACAGUGAACAUGACUUUCAGAGAUGUUGAACGUUUCCUGUCAUGGGUAAAAGGCAAUACGUGGAAGGUCUUUGGAUGAUGAUGCAUUGUUGUAAUUUUGUUGAACGACGGAUGAAGGUGACUGGUGUUGGAGUUUAUUUUUUUUCCCCCAAUACUGCAAAGAUUGUUGACAGUACCAGUGUGUCGAGCAGGCAAAGGGGGAAUUGUCACCAAACAACUGUAAACCAAUCUGGGUUUUUUUUUUAACUUUAUGGUCCUUGAACUCCACAUGGUUAUUCUUUCAUUGACUCAUUUCUAAUAUUUAAUGAGAACUGCUGUCUCAUGUUUCUUGAUUGUACAUACAGAGAAGUCUUUAUUGCUUAGAAAAAAACGAAAUUAUGCUAAAUUUGUGUGUAAGUGCCAAUGAUGAAGGACAAGCUGUGAAUGUAAAAAUGGAUAUGUAUUAUGAUUGAAACUCAGGCUUGGCAACUACAAAGCACUUUGGAAAUGUAAUCAUUUGAAUGUGUCAAAUGAGUCUUGUUUUUUGAUCUCAGUUUUUGUUGUGAAAGCAGCAGUCUUGCCAAGCAGAGAGAGGAAGACAAGAAAGGGAAUUCCAUUAAGUCGUUCUGGUUGUUGUUCUCACUCCUUUCUUGCCUCCAGGUUGACUGUUCGCAAUCUUGUAGAUUCACCAACCGUUGGUCCUGAUUGUUGAGUUUCUGGUAUAUUUGUAACAUUUCCCUUGUGAUCUCACCUGUUCUGUCAUCAUGAAAUUUAUUA